AAGCUCAAAGUUCCACACGUUGAUAGUUUCAUUUUCCUCUCUACCAACCCAAGAACACUGCUCACCAAUUGUAGCUUAUAUAAGCAUGACCACGCCAUGCACACUGCAGAGUGCAAACCCAAGUGAUCUGCCAGAAUGGCACAAAUAAAAACUUCCACGCAUGCGGAAGCCCUCGUCAGGGUGGCAUACGUGGUGGCGCUCGCCAUCGCGCUGCUCUCGCCGUGCUGCGUGGCAUCGUCGAGAUCACUGCUGGUCUCCACCUCCUUCGCCGAUGCACCGGAAGGCAGCCAAGCCGCCGCCCUGGCGACGGCGGUGCCAGAGCCGCCGGCUGUGGAUGCAAUCCUGCCGGUGGGGACGCCGGAGUCGUCGGCCCCUGCCGCCGUGUCUCCGUCGCCGGCGGUGCUAGAGCCGCCGGCUGCAGAUACAGCCCCGCGGCUGCAACCGCCGGAGCCGGCCCCAGUCGCCGCCGCGCCGCCGCCGUUGAUGGCCCACCACGGCCAGCACGGGAAGAGCAAGCACGGCGACCACGACAAGGCGCCGUCACCCAAGUCGAAGAAGCACCGCCCCAAGGCGCCGCCAAAGCACCACGGCCACCACGCCCCUCCUCCGGAGCCGGACGUCCCGCCGCCCGGGGAGCCACCGGCCGCUCCGGCGCCCGGCAGCCCGCACGGCCAGAGCCCGCCGUGGCCGCGCCCGCCGGGCACCGGGCAGUGGCCGCCGCUGCCGCCGUUCCCGUCCCACCCGCCUCCCGUCCCCGCGGGGCCGUGGCCGCACAACUCGGGGAGCAACCCGUGGCCGCCGCUGCCUCCGUUCCCGUUCCACCCGCCGCCGUUCCCGGCAUGGCCGCACCCCGGCCCGGGCGGCAAGUGGCCACCGCUGCCCCCGUUCCCGUUCCACCCGCCGCCGGUCCCGGCGUGGCCGCACCCGGGGCCGGGGAGCAAGUGGCCGCCGCUGUUGCCGUUCCCGUUCCACCCGCCGCCGCUCCCAGCGUGGCCAUCAUGGCCGCACCCGGGCAACCCGUGGACGCCCGCCCCGCCGUCCCUGCACGGCACCGGCGGCGGCCCCGCGACGGCGGCGCAGCAGGACCCCAAGAACUGAUGCGCGUGUGCGCGCCUUUUGCCUCGAAGCUUGGGAUCUUCGAUGACCGCUAGCUGCAACAACUCCAGAUAACCACUCUGUUCUGCUGUUGUGCUUCAGCACCGGCUAACGGUAAUUUCGUCUCACAACAUUGUAGUAUCAGCCUCCAGCACCAACCAGCCAACAGUAAUUUUCUCACAAUAUUUCAGCACCAGCCAGCAAAACAGGGUGAACAUUAGUGGAUGAGUUAAUCAGUAGGAGAGAUCGAUCGGUCGAUCGGUGUUGAUUUGGGUUGUGUUUCCUUUAGUAGCACAAGUACUGUAGACAAUUUUGACUACAAUUAGGGUACCAAAUAAAAGCAGUUUACAAAAUUAGCUCCACAAUUCUUACGCUA